CAUUGACGUCUGGGAAUGCUGCUCUGGCUUUGUGAAGCAACGUGGCAAGACAGGAUGUACAGGAGAAAAACCACUUGGGAACAUCGUGGAAACGGCACGAGACCUGCGCCUGAACGGAUUCGUGCAGAUGACCGGAACCACUGGUCAAAGAGAUGACCUCUCCAACCAUGGGGCAUACACAGUGUUCGCACCAACGGACGAAGCUAUGUGGGACGCGUCGCCCAAGAAACUCACAGAGCUGAUCUCUGAUGAGAACUCUCUGCCGCUGCUCAAGUACCACACGGCUCCUGGUCGACUCAACAUCAGUAACUUUGUGAAAAGGAACCAGCAGUUUGUCACCCUGUACGACGGACAGAAGAUCCGGAUCAACAAAUACGCUUAUGGCGUAGCCACAGUCAACUGCGCGCGCAUCAUCAGACCAGAUGAGAAAGCCACUAACGGAAUCGUCCACGUCAUCGACAAGGUGCUAAGCCCUCACGAUGUGGACAGCACGUUGGCAGAACGCGUGGAGAAAGACGACCGUUUCUCCCAGUUCCACCUGGCCAUGCUGGUGGCUGACCUGGCGCGUAGACUCAACUCAGAGCGCGGCUCCUUCACGGUUCUAGCACCCACCAACGAGGCUUUUGCCCGCCUUCCCAGCGACCUCCUGGACCAGAUACUCACGGAUGCAGACACGGCGGAAAAGGUGAUGAAGCGCCAUAUUGUGAGAGGCGUGUACUGCGCCGAUGCCAUCGUGGUCGCGGUGGGUCUGAAGACGAUGGACGACUCGCGCCUGCUGUUCCGGUGUAAGAGGGACGGGCUGAGGGUGAACGAGGCCAGGGUCAUCCACCCAGACAUCACCGCCUCCAACGGUGUCAUGCACGGCAUCGAUACGGUGCUGCUUCCAGAUUCGG